UCAUGGUUGAAAAUGUUCAUGGAAAGAAAAUGGCUAGGAAUCUCGCUCAACAACCAAGAUAAGUUAAUGGAAAUGCUUAUUCAAGCAUUUCAAAAGUAUUUUAAGAAACUUUCAUGCAUUUCUAAUGCUCUCCAAGACUUAUAGAGUCGAUACUGAAGCAGUCGUCUUAGAGGCUAUUGACACAGCUGAGAUUGGAUAACUUUGCCAUUUGCAUAAGCCCGAGCAGUUGAGAAGAACUUCUCCUGUAAACUAGCCAUGAAUGAAGGCUAAUAGCAGCCUAUUUAAUAUACUGGUAACUGUCUGAGAACUAGUUCAAAAUUAUUUUGGAAAGUCUUACAACAGAUUUGAAAAAUAUCUAUUGACUUCAAGAGAGUGUCAUCUGUCCGCAUUUUGAAAAAUAAAACGAGCAGUUUCACGAUCGGUUAUAUAUCCAAGUUAGGAUUAUAAUGUUUUGCUCUAUGAAACCCUCCACCAUCCAGAUUUUCUGUUAAUUACCUGAAGACACUCUCCCUCAAAAUUUCUCUUUGCAGGUGAAGGUCUGGUGUGAGAUUAACAUGCAACUUUUUAGGAUAAAUGAGGCAUAUGAUAGUUUUAGUAAGAAAUUACUCUCUGAAAUAUUUUCCAGAAACUAUGAUUUCUCUUCAAAAAUACUGACAAUAUUUAAAUUUCCCAUCCUCUAACUGGCAUUGUGUAGAGGAGGGUGACUGGAAUUUUAAGAUGACGAUUGCAUUUGAGUUAGU